AUGGCGUGGCUUCGAAAACGGAGUGGAGGAAAUUUCGAGUCGAAUGACUCGCUCACGACAAAAUCAAGAAAACCUCCCAACACGGCAUUUAGACAGCAGCGACUCAAAGCAUGGCAGCCGAUUCUAUCGCCUCAAUCGGUCCUACCCUUGCUAAUCCUGGUGAGUGCUAUUUUUGCACCCAUUGGGGUGGCACUCAUAAUCACGGCGAACAACGUGCAGAACCUGAGUAUCGAUUACAGUUAUUGUGAGCAGCUGGCCAGCUCACAGUCUUUUAGCGAAAUUCCGUCGAAAUACGUGCACUUCCACUUCAAGAAAAGGGUUUCCAAUCGGCCAGCAUGGCGCCUACAAAGAGAUCUAGACACUGGAGUCUCAACGUGCGAGUUGCAGUUCGAAAUACCCACAAACUUGAAGAAAUCUGUUUACGUGUAUUACCAGCUCACAAACUUCUACCAAAACCACCGCAAAUACGUCCAAUCGUUCGAUAUAAAGCAGUUGAAAGGCCAGGCUGUAGACGGGGACGACUUGGCUUCCGAUUGCAACCCUCUGCGGGUCGAAAACGACAAGGUUGUGUAUCCAUGUGGGCUGAUCGCCAACUCGCUUUUCAAUGACACUUUCCAGUCGCAACUCACUGCUGUCAACGACACAGCACUCGACUACGAACUCACCAACAAGAACAUUGCGUGGAAAGCCGAUCGCAGCCGAUACAAGAAAACCAGCUACAAUGCGUCUCAGAUCGUUCCUCCUCCGAACUGGGCCGAAAAAUUCCCUGACGGUUACACCGACGACAACAUACCAGAUAUCUCGCAGUGGGAAGAACUGCAAGUAUGGAUGCGUACCGCGGGGCUGCCGAAAUUUUACAAAUUGGCGCUCAAAAACGAAACCUCUACGCUGCCAAAAGGCACGUAUCAAAUGGCUAUUGAGCUUCACUACCCGGUAACCCUGUUUGGAGGCUCCAAGUCCCUUGUACUCACCACCAACAGUGUCAUAGGCGGGCGCAAUAUGUCCCUGGGCGUACUAUAUCUGAUCGUGGCCGGAUUUUCCAUCGUAUUUGGCAUCGUUUUCCUCAUCAAGCUCAUCAUUCAGCCCAGAAAGUUAGGAGACCACUCCUUUUUAAGCUUUGACGAUAACACCGAGUCUGAAAAUCGUCCCAACACUCAAGACAUCCCUCUCAGAGAGAUACUGUAG